UGUGGGUGCUGAUGAAUGGCUGGAUGGAUGGAAAGCAUGGCUUCAUUCACGCUGGAUGUAUGUGUGUACGUAUGCGUGGUGGCCGUGCGUGUGCAAUGUGACUCGCUAUCGUCAUGCAUGUGGAGGGGAGUCUUGAGCGUGUCUGUGUGCUUCAGCCACUCGUGUAGAGACAGACACCGAAGCCGGCUGACUUGUGGCAGAGUGAAUGAAUGCGCCAAACAUGACGUUUGAGGUACCACCUCUCGCGAUAGGAUUGUGUACACCGCUGCAUUCGCGCCAUGAGAUGGCUGGUUGGUUGGUUGGUAGCGCCGGAAACGCAACCCGACAUCUUCUCUAUCUAUAGCACACACCAAACAGGCAACGUGCACACGUAGAGUGCCUCCACAAGGCAUACGCCAAAAGAAUGGGAGAAAUCUUGCGAGCUAAAUCUCACCUGCGAGGGUCCUUCCGGACGGAAGAGGACCAAAACUACGUCCCUCGCCAUGUCUGAAGAGCGUGAGGCUGCUGCAGUGAAGCUACAGUGCUUCUUCAGGGCCCUUCUUGCAAAGAAGGUCUACUUGGACCUCUUGUUGCGCAAAAUGGAGGCUGAGGCUGCCCAGCAGCGAGAAAUAGACCGGCUGAGGGACGAGCAGAGUACGAGAACACACAGCAAACUGGAACAAGCGGACGUGUGUUUGUGUGUGUGUGUGUGUGGUAUUCUAGGCAAGGCAUUGAUACAGGCCCAAGAGGCAAAGCAGGCCAUCGACGAGAAACUCGCCAUCCGAAGGAACCUCAACAUUUUGGUCAGUGAGCCUCAGUUACGAAUUGGGGACCAGGAGAGUGACGGCAGUCAGUCUGUCUUGUGUCUUCUUGCUCAGCGCACCCAUUCUGCGACAUUCAUCCAGCGUGCCUAUCGUGACUACCGUCGUCGCCGCCACCGCCGCCAUCAGCAGAGGCGCCGGCUGCCAACGCACACUCUCGCGGGCCCGCCUCCCACCACAGCCGAGGAGCAGCCCGCAUCGCCCCUUCCCACAGCCACGCCCCACACACGUCACAGCGGUAGUGACCUGUGGCAGGAUGUCGAGCUCACAGACGAGCAGAGUGGCGGCACUGGGGCUGGCCGCCACGAGCCAACCACCACCAGCACCACAGGCGGCAGCAGCAUUAGGCAGCGCCAGCCUGUCCGGCCAUCAUCCUCACCGGCAAGGGCUGUGGGUUUGUCCCGUGACGAUGUGGGGCUGACGCGAGAAGCACUGCAGGAGCUGCCACAAGAGACUCUGAGAGAAAAGGCUGCCGACAUCCAGGUACGUGCUUCGGGCAGGCAGGCAGACUGACUGACUGACACGCACUGCACACACCAACUGUCCGUGUGUGUGUCUGCAGCUUGAGACCAUAAUGAGGGCGCGGGAGCUGGCGUGUGAGUUUGAAGAGAGGUCUGAGCUCAUGUGCGAGAACAGCACACUCCGCCAACACAUACAAAACACUAUCAACCACUUGCGGGACAGACGGGCGUCCGCCAUCUGAUCCACUGAUUGAUUUAUUGACUGCGCUUUGGUUGCUUCAUCGGUCAUCCG